AGGUGAGCUGAGAAGCAUAUUCAUGAUUUUUUUUCAAAAUUUUUUGAAACUUUUUUUUGGUAGGUUUGCAUGGGUUUGCACGAGGUCCUUAGUUUGCACCAGAUACGUUCUCAAUUUAUUCAGCCAAUAUAUUUGGCCCAUAACCGAACUCACGCCAGUAUAAAUAGCCGCAUGGCUAGCACAUCUGCCCCUUUCUUUUCAGUCAAUCGCCACUUCUUCCCUGUCUUCCCAGUUCUCUUCGGUUCUGAGAUCAAUUUGCUCCACUUCCCCCACCCUCUGUUCGUGGUCUGGCAGCAACCGAUCAGCCAAGACGGUACUGUUUGCUAGCCCACAUUGUGAUAUAUCUUGUUCCUUUGAUUCUUGUGGGCUAAUUUCAGAGGGAUUUUCGGUUCAUUAUUCUGCUUUUGGGUUUGGCUUGUUAUUAUAUGCAUGGACGUUCUGAUUUGUUUGGCGAAAGGGAACGACUUGUUUGUUCAAGAUUGGGUUUCCUACCCCUCCACCGGACCGCAGAGUUCCAGAAGUAGUGAAGGUCAGUAUGAAAGACAGUAAAGAAUACCGUGAUCCUCCACAGGAGGGACUUCCACAGCCAGCCCCACAGCAGAAUGUGGAGGAAGCAGAGAUCUCUCUUAAGGAGUACUAUCAGAACAGUGUCUCCUCCCUGGAGGCUAAGAUAGCAUAUGUGGACACAAAAGUUGCUGGAGUAAUUGGAGAUCCUGAUAUUAGCCCUGCGGAUGCAAAGAGAGUUGCAAGAAAACUAGGACGAGGACAGAAGUUUUUACUAUUGGUUAAGGCAAAGGUUGCAUAUCUGGAAGCCACUGAAGAUGUCGAGGAGCGAGGAGGGCCUGACCACAUUCAGGAAGAUCCCAUAGUCGUGGCUGCUCGGGAACUGGAGGGACCAGAUGGAGCCUUGGAUGGCCUGGAAGGGAUGGAAGCUGCUCCGGAGGGACUGGGUGGAGCUGUCGAGGGCCAGCCAUAGUCGAGGCUGUUCAAGAGCCGGAGAGACUGGAUGGAGUACCGGAUGGGCAAGGAGUGCGGCCCUUGCAGCCCAGGAACAAGCAGGGUUAGCUGCUGUGUUGUAGGCUGCCGUGAGACCCAGGAGAACGGGUCCUGAGCCCGUUGAGGACAAAUGAAUUACCUGCUUAAAUACAGUGUUUCAUGUAUCUUAAACGUGUUCACCUGUCCUGGGAGUUGAACUGAUUUGUGAGAAGCUAGGCCAACAGGCUUUUGUUGAACACA